AUGAAUAUAGUUACUAUACCAAUAAGCAGUAUCCUGCUACUGCUAUUAAUAUGUCUUGGCCUUGCAAGUGCCAAAUCCGAUAGGAUACCUCUCAUCAAUGAAAACGUCGAACGAACAAUUGAUUUGACGAGUGCCAUUACAAGAGAGACAACCAAAGUCACAUUCAGGGUAGAAGAGGAUGGGAAAUCAACCGAUGAAUAUAUAUUCGCACUUCCUCUCUCCUGCUCAGGUCGUCUGGCUUCUCUGGAUAUGCUCAAUGAUGCUGGCAUCAGACUCGACUUUGCGGCUACUUGGGGAAAUCAGACAAGUCAAAUGCACAUGUAUCGAGCAAAACUGAAAAGUUCAAUGUCGAGUGGAACAGUCACAAUCAAGGCUGCAUUCACAAAACGAUCUCGCCCGUAUCCUAUCGAAAUACCACAAUCCGAUAAACAGUAUCUAGAGUUCUUUGGAAGUGCCAACUAUGUCAGUGGUUACCCUACAACAACUCAAAAGACUACCAUCAGACUACCAAACUCGAACGUAAUCACAUUCUCUGCAAAUCCAUCACCAGCUGCCAAAUCUGGCAACGCUAUUACGUAUGGACCAUACAAGGAUGUUGCUGCAAACACAAUAAACGAGAUAAACGUACACUAUGAAGACUCAAAGCCUGUACUGGUGGCAAAGAGCUUGUUUAGAGAUGUAUGGGUCAGUCAUUGGGGUGGACAAUUGUCUGUCGAAGAGCAUUACGAGUUGGCUAAUGAAGGUGCCAAAUUGAAGGGCCAAUUCUCGCGGAUUGACUACGCCUUCUCAGCAGCAACACACGAUCGUCAAAACGUGCUCCGUCAAUUGACUCUGACAUUCCCUCCCAAAGCCAACAAUGCCUUUUAUAGAGAUACAGUGGGAAAUGUAUCCACUUCCAAAUAUCGUAACGAACGAACGAAAUCCGUCAUGGAAAUCAAACCACGUUAUCCUGUAUGGGGUGGAUGGAAGUAUACUUGGUAUCACGGAUAUAGCGUUCCGUUGUCGGAUUUCCUGAGACAUCGUGGUUCGAAAUAUGCAUUGGCCAUACCGUUUAUUGCUAGCACUACUAAUGUGACGCAUGAUAAGGUUACGCUUCGUGUCGUUUUGCCUGAAGGAGCCGACAAUGUCCGAGUAGCAGCACCAUUCUUAGUAGACCAUGAAAGUCAAAGUAUCGUUUACUGGUAUUUGGAUACUGUGGGACGUCCAGCUGUUACAUUGGAGAAGAACAAUGUAGUGGAUGAGCACAAUGGUAUCGUCUAUGUUUCAUAUGAUUAUGCCGAUUACAACUUGUAUCGCAAACCAUUAUUGGCUACAGGUGUAUUCUUUGCUUUGUUUGUACUCUCCAUGAUUGUGUUGAGGCUGGACUUUUCCAUCAUACCUGAUGAGAAAUCAAGACAGGACGACAUCAUCGCAACAUUCCGAAUCUCAAUCAUUCAAGCCGCCUCAGGUGCCACCGUCCUCUUCAAGAACAUGCAAUACGACUUUGAAAAAGCCAAAGACGCCAAAAGCAAGACUUCGUAUACAUCAACAUUUAAAGCGGUCGAUAUAACAAUGGGAGGUCUACAAUCCACCAUAUUGGAAGGCAGUACUGCCGUCGAGGAUCUAGCACCGAAACUUGCAUCUGGAGCACUACAAUUGAGUAAAGCGUAUAGUGAUAAGCUUUCUGCAUUCAAAAAGUUUCAUGGAGAAGUGUUGGAUGUGUUGACUGAAAGUGGGGGUGGGGAAGUUGAUGAGGGUAAGAAAAAGAUGUUGAGUAGUUCUUUCGCUAGCUUUGAAGAGAAGCAGGCUCAACUCGAUGAUACUAUAAGGGGGCUAGUGAAAGAGUUGGGAAUGUUUUAA